AUGAACAUGUCAGUGUUGACUUUACAAGAAUAUGAAUUCGAAAAGCAGUUCAACGAGAAUGAAGCCAUUCAAUGGAUGCAAGAAAAUUGGAAGAAAUCUUUCCUGUUUUCCGCUCUGUAUGCUGCUUUUAUAUUUGGUGGUCGGCACCUAAUGAAUAAACGGGCAAAGUUUGAACUGAGGAAGCCAUUAGUACUCUGGUCUCUGACCCUUGCUGUCUUCAGUACAUUCGGUGCUCUUCGAACUGGUGCUUAUAUGGUGUACAUUUUGAUGACCAAAGGCCUGAAGCAGUCAGUUUGUGACCAGAGUUUUUACAAUGGACCUGUCAGCAAGUUCUGGGCAUAUGCAUUUGUGCUAAGCAAAGCACCUGAAUUAGGAGACACAAUAUUCAUUAUUCUGCGGAAGCAGAAGCUGAUCUUCCUGCACUGGUACCACCACAUCACUGUGCUCCUGUACUCGUGGUACUCCUACAAAGACAUGGUUGCCGGGGGUGGUUGGUUCAUGACUAUGAACUACGGCGUGCACGCCGUGAUGUACUCUUACUAUGCCUUGCGGGCAGCGGGGUUCCGAGUCUCCCGGAAGUUUGCCAUGUUCAUCACUUUGUCCCAGAUCACUCAGAUGGUCAUGGGCUGCGUAGUUAACUACCUGGUCUUCUCCUGGAUGCAGCAGGACCAGUGUUAUUCUCACUUUCACAACAUCUUCUGGUCUUCACUCAUGUACCUCAGCUACUUUGUGCUCUUCUGCCAUUUCUUCUUUGACGCCUACAUCGGCAAAAUGAGGAAAACAACGAAGGCUGAAUAG